AAGCAUGGGAGAAAACUGACGUCAUGAUUUAGCAAGUCGGAACAAAAGAUGAGCCGCCACAAAAUAUUUUGAAAAGAUGCGUCACAUUUAGAGCAAAUUGUAUGAUCUGUUCAAUUCAUCCUUAUUUCUAGGACGCGCAUCCACAAUAAGAAAUGUCUAAAGUUCGCUGUAAUUGCUGCCAGAUUGAAAUUUCAGGGUUCAGAGUACAGUGUACAGAUUGUACAGACUUUGACCUUUGUUUACAGUGCUAUUCACUUGGUGCUGAGAUUGGAGGUCAUAAAAGAGUACAUGAAUACAAGUUGGUGAGUGACUACGUAGUAGGAGCUUUUGAACUUGAUACACCAUGGACUCUUGCAGAAGAAACAAUGCUUUUAGAUGCCGUGGAACAGUAUGGAUUUGGCAACUGGGAGGAUGUGGCAAAUCAUGUGGAAAAGAGAACUGCUGAAGAGUGUGAAGACCAUUAUGUAACAUUUUUUGUAUCAGGAAGUGUUGGAAAAGUCACAAUCAGACCAGAUGCUGCAGACGCAAUAAAAGAUCAUACAUGUCCCAAUGGAGGUCCUUUGUCUCCAAGUAUAACACAACCUGUAUCACCUGUAGAACUUAGUCUUCCUGAACAACAAGAACUUGGAUAUAUGCCUCUAAGGGAUGAUUUUGAAAGAGAACACGACAAUGAUGCUGAAAUUUUAAUUAGUAGUUUAGCCAAUAAUUAUGAUGACGAAGACAUUGAUAUAGCGGUAAAACUUUCACAGGUAGAAAAGUACAGAACUAGAUUAAAAGAAAGAGAAAGAAGAAAACGACUUGCGAGAGGAUACAAUCUUUUACAAAGUGCUACUACUAUAGGGAAACAAAAAUUUCAAACUCCAAAGAAAAGAAUUCAUAAAGAAGAAAGAGAAUUCCAAGAUAAAAUGAAGGUUUUUGCACAGUUCCAUACCCUGUCUGAACAUGAGACUUUUUUAGAAAAUAUACAAAAAGAGAAAGAUCUGAAAGAAAGAAUACAAGAAUUAUUGAAAUACAGAAAACAUGGUAUUACCAAACUAGAUGAUAUUGACGUAUUUGAAGAUGAAAAGUACAAAAGAGAUAAAAAGAAAGAGAAUAAAAAGAAAAUGGGAAAUAUCACUCCUUUAUCAAAAAGAAGUUCAAUGGCUUCAAAAAAGGCCGCCGUCGCUACAGAAGAAAAAUUAGAUAUACUUAUAGACGAAGACGAAUUAAAAGAUGAAAAUAAUGAGAAUAUUCCUAAGGAGGCAUGCAAUAUGCCAGGAUUUGACAUGUUGUCAGACCGAGAAAGAAGGCUUUGCAGCUCAAUUGGAAUGACAUAUGCCAACUACCAAACUAUCAAAACAUGCAUAAUAAAGGAUUAUUUACAGAGAAGGCAAGGUAUUCCUAUAAAAAUCCGCUACCCAAGUGGAUUAGACAAGACACACCGGAGACAGAUUAUCAGUUUUCUGACAGACAAUGGGUGGAUAGGUGUUACUUGAGAGAUGAAGAGAGUAGAUUUCACCAAAGAAAUUUAUGCUACUUUCAUAUAUUGUUCAAAGCAAUAUAAGACUUGAUGAAAGGCUAGAGUUAUACUUCUAGGGGCCAUAGGUCAUUUAGUGUCGUUCACUAGUUCGAUAAAUGACAAUGCUGAAAUGUCAUAGAUAUUGCCGUCCACACAGUUCUGAAGUGAUUGGUUGAUUGAAGAGAAAAGUUCACAUUUACCAUAUUUAAAUGGAAAGAUAAAUGUGCAGAGUGCACAACAGUUAUUUACCGCUAAAAGUGUUCAAUGGGAGGGGUCAUGGGGUCAUUAUAUCAAAUAUUCUUUUCUCAUGUGAUUAUAGAGACAAUCUUCUGAUAUGUAUCUGCAUAUGAAUCUCCUUUUAAGGAGGACUGCCAUGCUAUAUAGGUUUGAAAGAUUGUUGAGCAGUGCCAAACAAUCUCAUUAUAUUUAUUUACACAACAAAAGUUACAAGGUCAAUUUUAUAAUUUCUUUCUCUUUUAAUUUGUGUUCUUUAAGGAUGGUAUUCAGUAUUUUGCAUUUGUUUGUGUUUUGUUAGGAGUAUGGAUAGCACAGUAUUUAAUUAUGUUUUAAGGGCUGUUCAAGAAAAAAAUAUAUGUGUGUGGGGGGGGGGAGGUCUUUUGAAUUUACAAGCACUAAGAUGAAGUCUGAAAAAGAAAAUAUUUUAAUAAGAUAGAUAGUUUGUCAACUUUUGUCUAUGAACAUAAAAAAAUCCAGAAUUUGCAAUCGCACAUAAAAUCUUGGAAUUUGAUAAAUUAACAACUAAACCAGGGGGGUAUACACUUACAGAGAUGAUUAUUUUGUGUGUAUGUUUGUAUUUAUGAUUGUUUGAUUGUGUAUUCUAGUCCCCAAGUUAGAUUUGAAAAAUCUCCAGUAAGUGCUGUAUUUGAUAUAUAAUCAUCAAAAUUACUAUUUUUUUGUUAAUAUCUGACUGUUCAUAAGAGAUAAUUUAUUAGAUAUUAUUUAUGUAAUUAGUUAUAAUUUAUUUAUUUUAUGACAUUGUUUUAAUUUAGUUUUUAUGUUGGUGAUAAAAAAAAAAGAGAUUUUUACCUUGUACAGCGUAUGUUGUGAAUUUCUUGUGAGAAAAUGAGUAGUUGUGUAUUUGCAAAAACACGAAUGCAUAAUCAAAAUUGGUUUUAAAGUUUUAUUAUAUAUAUAUUAUAUAUAUAACUAUCAUUCUAAAUUUGCAGAUAUUAGUAUGAUGUCAAUAUUUCAAGAAGUGAAGCAUCUUUGAGUUUUCAAGACUAAAUAUAUUUUCAUUUCUUGUCUGGCGCAUUACUUAUCUGUUAAUAGACCCAACUUUAGGACCAUUUUAAUUUUGAAAAAGUAAAGAAAGUGUUUGAAUGCGUCAUACCAUGCAUAUAUAAUUUUGGCAUAAAAUAAAAUAUGAAACAAACAUUUUAAGAAAAUUUUUAAUGGUUUUCAGAUGAUUUUAUUUUAAGGCAAAAUCAAUCAACAUAAAAUUCAAUACUGGGCUUGAUGUAAUUCAAUUUUGUUCUGCUGCAUUUGUCUGGUAGCAAUCAUUUAGAAGUUGGCAUUUUAUUGAUGUGGAGGCAGAAAGGCAGCUGUUCAUUUUAUACCAUUUAAUUUUAUUUUCAUGAAUAUAUAUGACUUGAUCAGUGUUCACUCAACCAUUUCAUACAGCAUCCUGAUAAACAGGUAAUUUUGAAAUACUAUUUUGUUUCUAGAAAAUACAGCAUCACAUCCCACAAUCAGAAAAUCAUUUCAGAUAGCAUGAGAUUCAUUCAAUAUAGCAUCAUAUUACCAUUAUGCUAAUAAUCGCUAUGGAGAACACUGACUCCUUCAUUUAAUGAAAUUCCUACUUAUUAAAGGUAGAUCAGGUGUCUUCCGCCAUCUUGGAUUGUUUAGUAGCAGAACACAAUGGGUCUUGAUCUUAAAAUUUUUUUUUUUUUUUUAUAAAAAUUACAAAUUUUGAAAGAGAAAUCUUAUUCAUUUUUUAUCGGACUUUUCAUAUGACUAAAGAAAAUUAUGUGCAUUAUCUUAUAACAAUCGUUUAAAAAAUACGGAACAUUAGUGUGGUUCAAUUUUUUUUGAACUAUGCCGUAUUAGGGGAGAUAAGUUGUAUGAUUUUUACUUUUAUGAAGGAAUGUGAAGGGAAUUUACCUAUUUUGUUUUGUAGGAAGAAAAACGAGACCCUUGAACCCAAUAUUUAUUUUUAUUUUUUGGAAGCACAUUAUAAGAUUUGUCUUCUCGUAUGUAAUCUUAAAUUCUAUCUUUUAGUUUUCAUUCUAAUACGCAAAAUUAUUUUUUUCUUUGUAUAAUCUAUACAAAAUCUCCCAAUGUGUACAAUGGUUGAAAAGAAAGCUCCUUAACCCAUACAUAAUAUUAUAUUGUUUUUAAAAACAUGAUAAAAACUACAUUUUGGCAAUUUAUUAAAAAAUUCUAUCAUUUUUCAUUUAGACCAUUGAUCUACCUUAACAGAGGAAACCAUAUACAAGUUAAAAGUGCAAUGAUAACUAUGCAUUUAAAAAAUCAUAACCUCUAUAACAUAUUGGUGUAUUGGAAUUUAUUUUUGUGAUCUUGUAAGAAAAUGACAAACAGUACCUUGGUUUCUGUAUUGUGAUCUUAGUAAUGAAAGUGGCCUAUACAUUACGGAUUUGAAAUGAAAGUGAUGUGUAUUUUCUUUGUAUAGGUAAGGCCACACCAAUUUGAUUUGUAGUACUUCGGACAAAAGCUCCAAAAAAUAUGGGGCGAGCGAGCGAAAUUUUUUUUAUUCUAUUUUUUUCUUGAAAAUGAGUUUUUUAUGAGGUGAGUGCUCUUCAAGUGAAGCGAGUGGUGUAAUUUUUUUUUUUUUUUUUUGUGAUUUAGAAUUUAUGUACAUGUUAUAACUGGGUUACCUUCAUAGAAAAACCAGGAGAAAUAUGCUCUAAUGCAUAUAAUUUUGAUUAAUUGGUGCCUGUACCAUACCCCAACUUUCUUGUCUCACUGUGGUUUAGAUAUUUUGAUUAUUUUCGUCAAAUAAGCUUUGCAUGAAUUUUCAUUUUAAUCCAUAUAUGUAUAUAUAUUAAGGAAGCAUAGCAGAUGCAGUUUUACAAGAGGAAUAGACCACUUUCGAGUUUGUCCGUCACCGGAAAAAACUCGUCAAUUAUGCGCGCCUUUAUGACGUCAUUUACCAGAUAGAGGGGAUCGCCUGUAUCCCUGCACUAUAAACAUUCAUCAAGCGUCUUAGUGAUCGUCAUUGUGCAGGAUAAACUAGAAAUAAUAUUCGUUCUGUAGGUACUUAAUCACAAUUCCCUAAUGACAGCAGUGCUUAAAGACAAUUAUGACAAAUCAAUUUGCCGAAUAAUACGUGCAAUAUAACAUUAUAGUUUUCCAACCACACGCUCAACAUUGGAACGGAAGUGAUGACGCCUCUAAACGCACGAAUGAUGUUUACUAAAACCAAAGUUUUUGACGGAAAUGCAUCGAACUCGAAAGUUGUCUAUUAUGUUAGUUCGGUAACUAACAUAUGUUGAAUAAAAUUAAAAUAUGUGUAUGUAUCCAAAAAAAUGUCCCUGAUAGAUAUUAAAUAUUUUUUUAUACAGUUGUUUUAAUUAUAUGGUAAUGAUUGUUUAUUGGAUGCUUGACAUCCAGUUGGAUCUAUUUAUCCAUAUUUAGGAUCAACAUAAUGAGUGAGGUGAAUAUUUCUUGCUUUGUACUAAAACAACAUCCUGAGUAAGAUAGUUAUAUUGCUUUGCAUGUAGAUCUCAAUGUGUUAAAAUAUUCCCUUAAAAUACAUGUCACCACAUUCACAUGCAUUAUUCUGACUGAGCAAAAUACUCUUUCCUUUUGCUCUUAAAAGCUACAAUGCAUUUAAAACUAUUUAGCUUGACUGGAAGUGGUUUAAUUAAUUACACAUCCCGAAUUAUUAUAAGCAUGCCAAUCACAAUACCACCACCUUGGUCUUCUGCUUCUGCCGUUUGGUGGCCGCCAUCAUUUCUGAUUAUUCUGCCAGUUUCUCCUUUGUCUCGAACGUUGGAACGUUUUAAAUUUCCCCUUACAAAAGAGUUCUGCAUGCAUGCCAAUAGACUAAUGAGGGGAUAUGGGGUUUCAUCAAAAUAAAAUAAUUCUGUGAUUUUUAAAAUGUUCAGGGGAAUUUACAAUUAAUUUCAUCAAAGAUAGAUCAAGAUAGAUAGGUCUAUACCCUAUUGAAACAGCUCGGGGAUGACGAUGGUUCUAACAAAUAUUGAUGUAAUCGUGGUCAUCUAAGGAAAGAUUUUUAAUUUUUGCCUCCUAGAACAGGUCUUCAAAGGUAAAAGAAGAUGCAUUUUGGACCACUGUGGGUUCAAUUACUACAUGUCCACGGCAAUGAGCUGACACAACUGCAUGUUAGCAUCCUGAUUUUUGACCUUUUAUUUAUAAAUUGAUUUAUCACACGUGCGUUUGAAUCAAUCGGAGUAAAUAAUGCAAUAGAAAACGUCUAUGUGAGAGAAAAAAAUUUCAAGGAUAAACUAUUUUGGAGCGGCAUGCAGACCAAAAAUUAGCGGAAGCGGUAAUUAUUUUUUUUUUUCGAAAAGUCAAUUUCUCCAAAACAGGAGCGGAAAAAUCCAAAGAACUAUUAAUAAAAUUGGUGUGGCCUAAUUGUGAUCUUUUUUUUUAUUGAAAAUGACAUAUUGAGUGUUGAACCUGUUUUAUGAUCUUGUAAUGAAAGUGAGAUAUAUGUUAUAAUAUACUUUAUAUAAAAGUGAUAAAUAGUUUCUUUGAAACUGCAUUAUGGAAGGACUAAAUUAUUGUUCAAAUGUGUUUGUAGUUAUGAUGUCUUGAAAGUGUACAGAUGUGUCUAGAUGUAGUAAAUAUGUGUUUGUGUGAUAUUGUUUUUUCUAUGUGAGAUACGAAUAAAAGGAAAAUAAAAAUACAAGUACUACAA